GCUUGGUUGAUUCAUACGCAGAGUAUAAGCAAAUUCAGGUAGCAAUUUGGUCAGCAAGCCAUGGCUCUCGUGGAGGAAAGCAACGGCGCCGUGUCGGGAGGAGUGGUGAGCUUCAGCGAGGAGCAGGAGGCGCUGGUGCUCAAGUCAUGGGCCAUCAUGAAGAAGGAUUCCGCCAACAUUGGGCUCCGCUUCUUCUUGAAAAUCUUCGAGAUCGCACCGUCAGCGAGCCAGAUGUUCUCGUUCCUGCGCAACUCCGACGUGCCGCUCGAGAAGAACCCCAAGCUCAAGACCCACGCCAUGUCCGUCUUCGUCAUGACGUGCGAGGCCGCUGCGCAGCUGCGGAAAGCCGGGAAGGUCACCGUGAGGGACACCACCCUCAAGAGGCUAGGCGCCACGCACUUCAAGUACGGCGUGGGAGACGCCCACUUCGAGGUGGUGAAGUUCGCGCUGCUUGAUACGAUCGAGGAGGCGGUUCCGGCGGACAUGUGGAGCCCUACGAUGAAGAGCGCGUGGAGCGAAGCCUACGACCACCUGGUGGCGGCCAUCAAGCAGGAGAUGAAGCCCGCCGCGGAGUGAGACGCCGACGCCGUCCGCUGCUCGCCGCACAACCUUGUUGCUUUCAAAUGCUCGUUUAAUAUUCCAUCCCACCAAAAACAAAAGGAGUGUGUAUCUAGUGUACGAUUGAUUUGUCGUG